AUGGGUAAACAAAGUCGUGUAAUCGCACAAAAAGCAAAGGAUAAACAACAACAACACCAUAAAAAACCGAAAGCUGUUAAAACCAAUUUAAAACGAUUAAACGAACGAGUACAAGAUAAAGUCGAAAAACUCGAUAAAUUAUAUGAUAAAAAUGCAAAUCAAUCGAGUGAAAAAGAAGAUAAAAUGAAAACGGCAAAACAAAAUAAUCAACCAACGGCAUCAUCGGUAGAUAAGAAAUAA